UUUUUCUUCUUCUUCCUUAGAUUUCUCCUGGGUUCGAUUCAGAAGCAAAACCCAGCUUUUGUGAAAACUAGAAGGAUCAGAACGGUGUCGUUUUGGAAGCUCUCAGUCCGAAACCGGCGAAACGUUUCGUUUCUUCUUCACAAAUUUUGAUUUCCAAGCUUUAGAGAAUCCCCAAUCUCAAAUCUUGAUGAGAAGGUGAUAGCGGUUGAUCAUGGAGAAUAGUAGUCCACGGUCUGUGUCUUUUCGCACGCACCGAAGAGGCGAAAGGAGUGGUCUAAGCAUGCUUAGUAAAGAUGUUGAAGGUGGAGUUUUUCCAGGGAAGGUUACCCCAGAUUCUGCCAUGAAGAUUGUUUGCAAGAAGGGCGUUAUUCGAUUGCUUCUUGUUGGUGUCAUCUUGUGGGUGGUACUAAUUCUCCUCGCAACUUUGUUCCAUGUUUGGUCCUGCCACUCUUCUAUCUCAUUCUUAUCAGCUAUGUGCAACAAAAAUAGCACGGUAUUGGACAUGUUACGCAAUAUGGGAUUUGUAGCAAAACCACAACUGCAACACCGAUGUCCAAUUCCCGUUGCCAAUGAUCCUGAUAAGAUAGUUAUACCAGAGGGGAGAACUCCCGAUGAAAUCGUCAAAAAGCUAACCUAUGUUAUGGAGGAUGAGGCGGUAUCUGACAAAACUCAGUCAUCCCCACUAUUUGGAGGACAUGAAAGCUGGUCACAAAGAGAAGAGAGUUUUAGACUAAAACCAACCAUGAAGGUGCACUGUGGUUUCAUUCGAAAUGGUGGUGGUGACAUGAUUCCUGCAGACAUUGAAUAUGCUGAGAAAUGUAGGUUUGUGGUUGCAUCGGGCAUUUUUGAUGGUUAUGAUGUACCCCAUCAACCUUCAAAUUUGAGCCCCCGUUCUAAAAAGCUCUUCUGUUUUUUCAUGGUGGUGGAUGAGACGUCUCUUGAAUUUAUAAGUAAAAAUGUUACUGUCAGAGAGGAUAAUAAUGGGGGGAAAUGGGUUGGCAUUUGGCGUUUGGUUUUACUGAAGCAUCCACCUUAUGAUGAACCAAGAAGGAAUGGGAAGGUCCCCAAGAUCUUGACCCACCGUUUAUUCCCUAAGGCGCAGUACAGCAUUUGGAUUGAUGGUAAAAUGGAGCUCAUAGUUGAUCCAUUGCUUAUUCUGGAAAGAUAUUUAUGGCGUGAGAAGAAUACAUUUGCCAUUUCUCAGCACAAACAUCAUCACAGUAUAUAUGAGGAGGCAGAUGCAAACAAGCGGAGGAAACGAUAUGCUCGACCUCUUAUUGAUCUUCACAUGAAGAUUUACCGAUAUGAGGGCAUGGAGCCAUGGAGUCCGCAGAAGAAAACUAUUAGUGAUGUGCCAGAGGGAGCUAUUAUCAUACGGGAGCAUACUGCAAUGAGUAACUUGUUUAGCUGCUUGUGGUUCAAUGAGGUCGACCUCUUUACACCAAGGGACCAACUGAGUUUUGGUUAUGUUCUGUACAGGUUAGGGGAAUCGUUUAGGUUCUUUAUGUUUCCAAACUGUGAGUACUAUUCACUGUUUAUUUUGCAUCCACACAUAAGGGAGCAUUCCUCUCGCAUAGAGUGGGUAACUAGUUGGAGUCAGCUUAAGGGUAACGGAACCAUUAAGGAUAAGGGUAAGGAUUGGGACCAAGCUAAUGCAAAAAACGGUUUGGUAGAGAGUAGGGGAGGCUUAGGGUUAUGGACUCCUUAUCCUGCAAAUCUUGAUUCAGUUAUCCUGCCGCCUGUAGCAAGAACAUCAAAAGCUGGCUGAGCUACAACUGAAUUCAUUUGGUCAUUGUAAUGAACUUUUGAGUCCUAUUCUUUAUCUCAUACAUCCCAGAGGUGCCUCGUACAGUAUAUAAAAGGAAGAAGUAGAACCACGUGGUUUUGGCCUUCUGAAUUUCGGGGACAAGAGAUAACUAACAAGGAACCUGUCUGCAACCUUUUCAACAUCACUAAGUUCAGAACUGCAAGCAGAAUGAUCUGGAUAACAUUUGUUUGAUCUGUUUCAGUUUCUACGGAAAGUAGAGAACGAGUAAGAGAUUCAAUACACAGUUUUAGCCGCUGUUUCAACUUGUAUGGCAGAAAGAGAAUGAAAAUUAGACUCUUUUAACAUUUUAUUGUUUUUAUUUAGUAUGAGAAUUGAGAAACAUUGCAAGUUCGAUUUAUUGUCAUGAGCUUGCUUGUUCUUUUGUACUGAUUUUAGUAUGUAAAAGGGCAUCUCCAACAGAAUACUUGAACAAAGUUCAAUUAAACUUCCGUUAAAUUUUUUAGCUA